AUGGCCAGUACAGCCAUGGCUAGGGGUAGGAAAAACCCUACCAGCUCUAUCCCAUCCAAAAGUAACCAUAUGGAUACUGAAAGCGACGAACAGGAGUACACCGCACUCAGCCGGAAGCUACAAAGCAAAGUAGAAGCACUGAAAAUAAUGCGCUAUGAGCUGGAGAAAUGUCGUACGGAGCGUGACCAGUUCAAGCUGAUGGCCGAAACGAUACAGCUACGGUACUCGGCCAUCAAGAACAGUCUAAACGCACCCGACUUUCAAGCGGCCGGUUUCGGCAACAGUUCGGCCGUUAGUCUGCUGGUUAAGCAAACACGGGAACGAAACGAAGCACUCACAACCGAGGUAGAAUCGCUCAAGCAGCGUCUGUACGAUCUCGAGGGUGAUAUCAAGGUGGUUCGAGCGAGAAACGUCGAGCUGCAGGACACAUGCACCAAGCUGCGGGCUACCAACGAUUCACUCCUAACAACCAACGGCGAUAAAACGUGGCAGGCCGAAAAGUCGCAACUCAUCGCCCAGCUCGAACAACUGCGAAAGCGCAAUGCCCAGCUUCAGUACGACUUUCGAUCUCUGCUGGACGAAAAGGAGGAAACCGUGACGGAACGAGACGCCUUCAAAUGUAAAGCCCACCGAUUAAACCACGAACUGAACGUUGCCCUCAGAGGCACCGGCGGAACCUCUCAGACCCUGCUGGAUAUUGAUGGGCUGAUAUUGGAGAACAAAUAUCAAACUGAAAAGAUCGCCAAUAUCGAAAACGAGCUCAGUCUCGCACGGCAAGCGGCCAGCAAAUAUAAGUCGAUGCUGGAAACGAACCGGAAGAAAGGCAUUAUAAAGCUUGGCACUAACAACAAUAACAAAACGAUCAUGUCCCAUUCACAAGUAAAGCACCUGCUCGAGAAUGGAACCGUUGAUGAGCUCCCGCUUAAAGCGGCCACCAUUUCCGAUCUGAAAUCACUCUGUCUAGCGCUGCUAGACAAUGUGAACGAUAAAAGUCUCGCCCUCUCACACCAAAAGAAAACAAAUAAGUUACUAGCUACUAAAAUUGCUGAACUAGAGCGUCACAUUAAAACGCUAGCCGGAUGUGAUGAGCGAACCACCAUAGCGAGCCUAUCGCCUUCACAGUAUCUACUGAACGGGUACAGUUCGGCUACAGUUGAUCAGGACCAAGAUGGUGAUAUUAUCGUCCGACACAGUAACGAAACGUCUGAACCGACACUAGAACCGAACGGACCCCUGGAGGGUAACAGUUCUAGCGGUCCUUCACAUAGCGGACAGCGCACGGAACCACUGUCAUCGAGCUCGAACAAAAGUUGCGUGCUGAGUUGUUCCGAUGACGAUGAGGACGAUGUUGCUGGACGCUGUACGGGCGAUAGUGCGACAACAAACACCUCCAAUACGGAAGAACUGCAGGCUGCGAUUGCGCAACUGGUGGCAUCUGUCGAACGUGAUCUUAAAACGGAUGAACAGUUACCUCAACUGCCGGAUGAUAUUGCGGCGUUAAUCGAACAGUUCAAGGAAACAGCUGGCGAAAAUCUAUCCUAA